CCAAAUAUCAUCACUGCAACAAAAACCCUAGGAAACACAUACAUAAAAUCAUGUCGGAUUGGGGACCGGUGUUAGUGGCUGUAAUAUUGUUUGUAUUGUUAACGCCGGGACUUCUGUUUCAGCUGCCGGGACGAAAUAGAUGCGUCGAGUUUGGUAAUUUUCAGACAAGUGCGCCCGCUGUCAUCGUCCACUCGCUUCUCUACUUCGCCCUCGUUUGCGUAUUCACCCUCGCCGUCAAGAUCCAUAUCUACGUCUCUUAGCACUCUUUACUACGUUUCUGUUUGAUCUAAAUUAAUAAAAAAUAAUAUGUUUUAAUUGUGAUUGAGUUCAAUCACUUGAUGACAAUGAUCAAAUGUAGUGUCGUGUGGAUCCUUGUUUUUGGAUUCUUAUGUC